CGCAGCCCGGCUCUCCGGGCAGGUUCUGAGGUCCGGUGUGUGUUCGGCGGCCACCUCCCUCCGAUUGGCCCGGUGGGAGCAACCGGAGCCGAGGCACGCGGCCUGCUCCAGCCCGGCCAUGAUCGCGGCCGCAUGAUGCGUCCCUGCUUCGGCCCCUGCAGUCGCCGCCGCGGCCGCCGCAGGCCAGGAGGAGCCGCAGCGCCGGGCGACCCCUCCCGGGCCUCGGUUGCUUCUCCGGGUUCAUCCUCACGUGAAUGUGGGACCGCAGGCUCCACCAGCCGCUGCCUUGCUGGGUCCGCCAGCUGCUCCCUUGCCAGCCAGUUGCAGUGUUGCCUGACCCAGUCCACAAUCCGCCGCCUCGCUGGGCCUGUCAGCCACCGCUUUGACUGCCUUGCCACGAGUCUUCUCCACCCCGCCCGUCUCUGCCCCUCCUGCUGGUCUGGAUGAAUGUGUCUUCUUUAACUGCUUGGUCGUCGGACUUCCAUACAGUUCGAUUUUCUGGCAGUUCAGAUCCUACCACAUAGGACAGUAUGUAUCUUCAGAUCCUGAAGAAAAGGCACAAAAUGUUCAAGUAAUGUUUCCAAAUAAUUUGUGAGGGUGCAUCGGGAAACCAUGCCGUCAUCAGGACACCGGCUCCGUGAUGUCGAGCACCAUCCUCUCCUGACCGAGAAUGACAGUUACGACUCUUCGUCCUCCUCUUCCUCCGAGGCUGACGUGGCAGACAGGGUCUGGUUCAUCCAUGAUGGCUGCGGCAUGAUCUGCGCCGUCAUGACGUGGCUUCUGGUCGUCUACGCAGACUUCGUGGUGACAUUUGUCAUGCUGCUGCCUUCCAGAGACUUCUGGUACUCCGUGGUCAACGGGGUCAUUUUUAACUGCCUGGCGGUGCUGGCCCUGUCGUCGCACCUGAGGACCAUGCUCACCGACCCCGGGGCAGUGCCCAAAGGAAAUGCUACUAAAGAGUACAUGGAGAGUUUGCAGCUGAAGCCCGGAGAAGUGAUCUACAAGUGCCCCAAGUGCUGCUGUAUCAAGCCUGAGCGUGCCCACCACUGCAGUAUUUGCAAACGCUGUAUUCGGAAAAUGGAUCACCACUGCCCGUGGGUGAACAACUGUGUAGGAGAAAAGAACCAGAGGUUUUUUGUGCUUUUCACUAUGUACAUAGCUCUGUCUUCAGUCCACGCUCUGAUUCUCUGUGGCCUGCAGUUCGUCUCCUGCGUCCGAGGGCAGUGGACAGAGUGCAGCGAUUUUUCGCCUCCAAUCACUGUAAUCCUGUUGAUCUUCCUGUGCCUUGAGGGUCUCCUGUUUUUCACUUUCACUGCAGUUAUGUUUGGCACCCAGAUCCACUCAAUAUGCAACGAUGAAACGGAGAUUGAGAGACUGAAAAGUGAGAAGCCGACCUGGGAGCGGAGGCUACGAUGGGAAGGGAUGAAGUCGGUCUUUGGGGGGCCCCCCUCGCUCCUCUGGAUGAAUCCCUUCGUGGGCUUCCGGUUUAGGCGACUACAGACAAGACCUAGAAAAGGAGGCCCAGAGUUCUCCGUUUGAGGCCCCUCCCGUCAUGCUGGAACUUGUCAGCGAAAAUUAUUUAUUUGGGGUCUGACAGGGAAUCGACAGCUCAUCUGUGACCGAUGACCAAUAGGGCAAAUGGAACCUCCACGAACCAGUUGCUUGCAGCAAGCAGAAUCUUACGUGCUGUGUUCACAGUCACGGAUGGCGGGUUCUCCACACCAGUACCUGGGUGACGCUCUCAUCAGUUUUCACCUGUACAACUAACCAAACGGAUGUGGCCACGUGAAGAAGCUAAAUGUCAUUAUCUGCUCACACAGGUAGGGUUUUUGUUAAGCAAACUUUGCAUUUUCUAAGAAGUUCUGUGAUAUUCCAUAGGUUAAUAAGAUCCUGUGUACUGAGCUGCUGUUUUCAAUCGUGAAGAGAAAAAGUCCAGUGAACAAGAACCCUCCGACGGGCGGUUUCAGGGAGUUCCUGUGGACCCUGUGAUCAGUGGUGCACUCCCUGGAUCGAGAAGGGGCGUUUACGUGAAGUACAUCUUGGUCUCCAUUGGUUCUGGCACUUUGCACUGAGUUUGCAAAAGAUCCGCGCACCGAGCAGCGAGGGCGGCUUCGGACCCACUCCCACUGCCUGGGAAGAGGUGUUCUGUGACCCUGCAGCGAGGCUGCAUGCGUGUCUGUGUCUGUUUGUGAGCGUGUGUGCGAGCAUGCACGUGUGUUUGAAGUUGACAGUGUUGUCUGGACGAGGCAGCCUGGAAUGGCUGUGCGGCGAACGAGCUGUUUUUUAGAAACCAGCGUUUCAGGGAAGCGGGGAGAGCUGCCCGGGAUGCUCCUCCCGUGGGGUUCGCUUUGAAUGUAUUGCAAACUGGAAAAUAUCUUGAUCCAAAGAACAAUCAUUCCCGUGUGGUCCUUUGUUGCCCUCCUGUUUUCAUUUUACCUUAAAAAUCUUGAGUGCGUGAGGGCCUUGGAACUGACUUUUUUCAUCCAGCCAAAUUAGCAGUGUGUCAGCAGCACCAAGAGCUACGUCCCUGGUGACCUUCACGUGGUGUUGCUCGGCGGUGCCAGGAGGAGGGACAGGCACAGCCCAGUGAGACACGGGGGAGGCUGGUGUCCGUCUGGGCAUCACGGAGGAGAGGACCGCGAGGCCACGUGCCCUGGACUCUGCCUCCUUGCAAAGAAUAUUCAGGAUGGCAACAGCUUGUUUUUCUUUUUUUAUCAUUUUUGUUUUGUUUCUCUACUCACGCCACCAGUGAUCAAAUAGGACCCUUGGUGCAGAGCUUAAAAUUAUGCCAGAAAGCAAACAGCUCCCCUCCUUGGGGACUCGCCUUAAACUUGCCUGGUCGGUACGUGUGUGCAGGACUCCCGAGGAAGCCACCGGUGACGGUCCCAGGGUCUCCUCUAAGCCUGCCCCUCACUGAGAAGAGUUGGUGUCUCCCUCCCGGUCUUCACACCGCUCUGUUCAUCUGUGAACCGUUUUUGUUUCUGUCUUCAAAUUAACCCAAACCCUAUCCUAAUCAGGGUUUCUACCACUGCUGAUGCAAACCCAUGAAGGGACCUAUUCGAGACACACUCGUAGCCAAGUGAACAAAGCUGUGGGACGCUUUAGAAACGGACCAAGUCACUACAGAGAUGUGUGAGCUGUCAGGGGCAGGCUGAGCCACAGCCAGAGGGCCGACACAGACACACACCGUGGUGAUCCAGGAGACGCGUCUGCGGAGGUGGUUCUGUGUAUGCAUUUGCACAUCUGUUGUCUGGCCGGACAUGCGUACUGGGCUUCAAUGUGAGCCUUUUAAUAGGUAUAUCCUGUUUAUUGAUUAGAAAAAUUAUCCAAGUGGUGGAAUCCUGUGAGACUUGGCAAGUAUGUGCAAAUCAAGUAUACUUGACUUUUCAACCUCCUCUUUCAAUGUCACUUUUAUAUAAAAUAAAGUCACCCAUUGAUGGUUCUCA